UCCGCGCGUCGAACAUGGCCGAUAUGCCGUGAUACCGUGCGUAUGUGUUGAAGCGUCGAAAUUUGAAGUGCUGAAUCGCGGAGUUUUACUGGGGAAAGAAUUUUUGGACUGCGAUCAUGGCGCCUUUCAAGUUUCACUUUUCAAAAAUGUCAAAAUCACGGAGUAAGGACAGUAGAAAUAGCACCGAGAGUGAGGAGCCCACAUGCCUGAGCCAAACUACUUCACGAAGCACGCCCGAAACUCCGGCGAUUGAAAAUAUCGGGGGUAUUCCUGAGAAUUCAUCGGAUGUCAGUCGAAGCUCACCUCCUCCUUCGUACGAAUACGUUCUUGAGGAGACGCGAAUGGGUCAGACCGCGAAUGUGGUUGAGGAGCAGACGGAGAGCGCAAGUGACACAGAAACGCAUCAGGGAGACGAGGUGGGAGGCACGAGUAUUCAGAAUAUCAUCGAAACCCCUCGCCCGGAAAUGCACAAGUCGAGUAAGGAAUUGUACAGAGCUGUUGCUAAACAGUGGGGAAUAACUUGCAAAAUGAGCGAUCAUUGCCGAUGCUUCGACUGCCAGAGCCAUUACUUUGACUGUGAAUACGAGAAAGAUGAACAAGCAAAGACUGAUGGUGGUUUGAGUGCUGGCACCCCGAUGUUCCUCGCUGAAGUGAUGCACGGAACCGCAUGUGUACUACUGUAAAUACGAAACACUCGGCUUUAAAAGAUUCUGCGGGGAGGUAUUGAAAAAAAGCUGAAUACUUUUCCACAAUUACUCAAUAUAUGGAGUAAGUACAUGGGGCUGUUGAAAUUCACAGAGAACCCUUUUACAUCCUUGUAACUACUCGAAUAUACACCGUAGGUGGUACUAUUUUUUCACCUUGACACAAUAAUAAUUGUCGAUAAAUUUACACUAUUUUUUCCUUUGCUGAACUGAAUAAUUCGAUGCUGGAGAUGCAUAAUGUCCCAAUAUCCCAAUUUUUGAAUAUUUUCGAGUGCCUCUUGAUGAACGAGCAGGAAAGAGGGACGAAUACUCAAUUCAAAUUUUGAAAAUCAAAAUUUACGGAGGAAUUUUUAUACCUAAUACUCGUAUAGACUUCAAUGUUGCCUCUGUCCACAAAUACGUCACAGCACAAAAUACUGUAGUAGCGAGGCGGAUUAUUCAAUUGAUUGUAUCAGCCGGAGACUAGAGUUUUGAAUUUGUACCGACUGAAUCAAUUAUCUUCACAGCCGAUUUUUUUACAUGAAACUUUAUACUAAAUGAAUGAAAGUAUUAUUCAACGUUACAUUUGUGGUGAUAAUUUAUUAUUGGACAGGAUAAUUAUUAUAUUAUUUGCAGAUUUUCCCCCCUUUGAUCUUUGAAUUCCGAUUGAUAAAUGUCUAUAAUAAAGUUGAAUGUAUUACUUAUCGCAAGAGUAUGUAAACCCCCACAAUAGGUGUAUUUACGUUAUGCAAAUAGCUUAUUAUAUAUUUAGAUCAAGAGAUAUUGACUUAAUUUUCCACCCUAAUUGUCAAUAGAUUUCUCAAUAGUUUGAAGAGAUGAGCGCGAAGUAAAAAUGUGAUAAUUCAUAAAUAGUGAUACCAAGAUGACGAAAGUUGCCAUUGAUUUGUUUUACUGGUGUUGAUACCACUAUUGAUGAUAGUUGCAACGAGGAUGUCAGAGACGCGAGGAAUUGCUAGACUGAUUUAGAUAGGGAUAUCGUAAUUUUUCCAUGCAGACGAGAGCUCCUAUAUUUGGAAGUGGUCAGGUCCCAUUUGUGAUUAUGUUAUUGUAAAAAUAUUGUGUAUUAUAAUGUUUAAUAAUGAAAAUUGUCGAUGGAGUGUGAACAUGUGGGCUAUUCCAUCGAGUCCAGUUAGGAAUGGCCUGACAAUAUGUACCGGCCUCACCAGGAAAGUUCCAACAAGUAAAUGUCUGUAUUUUAUGUCAAUAAAAAUAAAUCCUGUUUUUGCUGGAAAUUUAA